AAACGUUCCAGUUUUUCAGGAUUUCGGUUCCAAACAAAAGCCAAAGUUAAGCCUACAGCGGCGCCAUCUUUGAUGAUUCUCUCCAGCAAGUACUCUCCUACAAAGUGAAACAAGCAAUAGUCGUUUUCUCAGAUUUGUGUUCAAGGAGCUUCAUGAAGGGGAGAGGAAUGCGUUGCCAUUUUUUCCACGCAGUGGACACAAAUAGCUUCGGAAAAUUCACCUGCACGUAUAAACACGUUCCGAAUCAAGCAACUCUGACAAUGGAAUCAUGGGAGAGCGCAUAGUACAAGGCAGCGGAACAGGAGUUGGAGCUCAGUGGACAACAUGGACAUCCUUGAGACGCAUGCCUAUGACAGACGGCAGAAAAGAAACACGUCCUGUGCUCUGCUCCUGUCUUUGAUGCCUUUCUUUUUGGCCUCAGCCAUGUACUUCUAUCUGUGGACUCCACACUUCCCAGCGUCCAUCACGCUGGCGGCUGUCAAAUCGGCGCCGACGCUCCUGCUGGCUGCGGCAGUGCUGAGCUGGAAUGGAGGUCAGAGUGUACUGGGUGUGGUGGGAGGACUUGUCUUCUCAGCUGUGGGCGACUGCUGCCUGGUAUGGCCGGAGCUUUUCCUUCAUGGAAUGGCUGCCUUUGCUUUGGCCCAUCUUCUCUACUCGUUCGCCUUCCUUUCAUCUCGUUACGAGGCGUCUUCUUCCUCCUCGUGGACCGGCCUACUAUAUCUGAUCCUGGUUGUGAUCGCAGGAGGUUUCUACACAUAUUUGUUUCCGUUUUUACGAAAGGACCCCAACUCAGACCUUUUAGUUCCCGCUGUGGGGGGAUACGUUGUCGUAAUCACACUGAUGGGAAUAUUAGCCACCAGAACCCGUCGCGGAUUUACACUGUUGGGAAGUUUGAUUUUUAUUGUGUCUGACCUUUUGUUGGCGAUGCAACAGUUUAAGGUGACGGCGCCCGCGCAACAUGGUAACACUGUUGUUAUGGUGACAUAUUACUUAGCACAGCUACUAAUUAGUGUUGGGGAUAUGAAGGCAGUGGAGAUCAAAAAUGACUUUGCAAAAUGGAAGAGGUCCUAGCUAGUUUAUUAGCAUUAUUAUAAAUGAGCAAAUGGCUUUGAAAUAAUUUUACUGCCAUAUUUAAUAUGACAAUGUAAUAUCCAUAUUUAAGUGAAAGUUGUCAAGAUGAACAUGUAUAAAAAUACCCAUUUUGACAUUUUAA